UUUAGAAAGCCAAGCAUGGCUGAGAAUAAACUCAUUCCUGACUGGAAACAUAUGAAGAAAAUUAUUAGUGAUGUCCUGAAUAAACGCAUGCAAAAGGGGCAGCGGCCGGAUGCCGUGAUCGUCCUGAGUGACCAUCCCGAGGUGGUGUUCCAGGAGAGCCGCCACCCAAACAGGAUGCCCAACAUCUGUCACUACCACACUGAUGCCCACUACUACGCCUCGCUGGGCUGGGUAAAGGGGAAGGAGAUGAAGGCAGUGGUGUGGGUGCAGUCAAAGGAUUAUAACCACGAGGUGGAGAAGAGAGUCUUCCCUAUGUAUGAGAACAUGCCUCCGGUUCAGGCCAUGGUGCAUGCUGGGGAACAUCGGGUGCUGGCCGCUUACUGUGGGGACAUGCUCCUCCGCAUCUUUGGGGACCACACCCGCUUACUCCGGACCCUGUGUGUCAUGCCCUGUCGAUUCUCCAUCAGCUGCCUGGCCUAUGACCCCAAGUCCCAAAUGCUUCUCUCCGGCGUGGCCGGGGCUGUGGUCAUGUGGUUCAUUGAGCCCAGCGGCCGAGGCCUCCACAUGGCCAAGGAGGUGCUCAUGGCUGGCAACGAGCUGGUGCAGGACAUUUCCAUGGCCGGCCCCGACGGGCAUAUGGUGGUACUCUGUGAAAGCCUGGUGCGCACCUUCAGUCGGCUAGGCUCAGACCGCUUUGAGGAAGCCAGGGUCUUCACCUCUCAGGGCAGCGGCUCCUCCAUGACCUGCUCUUUUACCUGCAAUACCCAGGGCUACCUCUACACAGGCAAUAAAACGGGGCAGGUCCAGGCCUGGAGCCUAGACCGGGACUCUACUUUUCACAGCUUCCAGGCCCACAGCAGGGCGGUGCUGUGCAUCCACAGCCGGCCGGAGGCCCACACCCUGCUCACGGCGGGGGGAGAAGGUAUGGUCAAGGAGUGGAACCUGACCCUGGGCAGCCUCCUCCGGCAGGUGAAACUCGGGGAAGAACUGAUCUACCUCCAGUUCUUGAGGUCCAAGGCUUUCUUCUCGCAGACCACCACCACCUUCUCGGUGUACCAUCUGCCUUGUUUCUACAGCCUCUUUAACGUGUGCGGGUCCACUCCUCAGGAGCUGCGCCAGAUCUGCUGCGGCCCCAACUCAUCCCGCAUCUCCUGCUACACUCAGAACGGCCUCCUGCGGUUCCUGUGCCCCCUGACCGGGGAUCUCCUGGUGCUGACCUGGCCCUUGGCCCUCCUGGACCAAGCCAUCGACUGGACCUACGACCCUGACCGGGAAGAGAUUUUCGUAGCCACGGGCAAGCCGGACGUGCUGGUGCUGGACGCCAGCCGCUGCCCGUGUACGGCCAAGUACCUGCUGUGCGCCUCCCCCGAUGCCAACGACCGGGUGCAGUGUCUGGCCUACGGGAGGCCCCAGCUGAGCCGGGGGCUGGAGGGCUUGGUGUUCUGCGGGCACGAGAGUGGCAUGGUGAGGGUGCUGUCUCAGCAUCACUGCGCCCGCAUUGAGAAGCACCUGCACAACGCCACGGUGCUGGCGCUCGCCACCCUGACGGGAGUGCCCUGCAACGCCCGGGAGAGCGCCUUCAUCUGUUCCUAUGGGAUGGACGACUACGUGCACUUGUCCGAGGCCGUCCUCGAAGGGGCCGUGGUGAAUCUGUUGCCGCUGACUAGCAUCCUUUGCAGUUGCAAGCUCAGUCACCUGAUCCUGCUGCCCAAAUCGGUGAGCGCCAUCACGGAGGGCAAUCGUCUGCGCCUCUGGCACUACCAGGACUUCCUGGCGUCCUCCGACAACAAGCCGGAGGACUGCUUCUUGGAGACCAGGCCCCUGCACCUGAGCCCCAUCACCUCCUUCGACAUCUGCCUGAAUCUGGGCAUCUUCGUCACAGGCGCCGCCGACGGCACGGUCAAGAUCUGGGACCUCCAGGGCACGCUGCUGACGCGCUUCGACUCGGCUCUCAGUUUCGGGGCUCUCUGCUUCGCCAAUGAGCGAGGCGACCUGCUCAUCACCGUCAACCAGAGCCUGUACUUGGUGUCCUGCCUCACACUGCUCCCCACCGCUUUCCUGAACCGCCUGGCGCUCCUGAACAUCCCCGACAAGCUGCAGGAGACCCCCAAACCCUUCUUGCCUGGCUUCUUCUUAUCCUUCAAGACCAUUUUUGUGCCCCGCUACCUCUAUGUGGGGAACGGGCAGCAGAAGCUGGAGAGGUUGGAGACCCUACCCAACUUCAAGGCCGUGGCCUUUGACAGGACUGUCCCUCACGUGGUGCAGGAAGGAGGAGGCCCGAUCCUGACCUCGGAAGAGAAGUACCGGGAGAAAUACCAGCUCAGGUCCCUGGAGGAAAACAGAAGGCAGAAACAGUUACAGCAGAUAAUGUACUCUAUGCCCUCGAUGCCGCGAGCCACCCACCUGCUGAGCUGGGACGAAAUCCACCGCUUUCCACUGCUCCGCAAGUAUUUCGGCCAGGGGCGAAAGUGGGUGAUCGCGCCCGACGGCUACAUCCCCAACUCAGUGGUGCGGGCUCGCCUCUGGCCGGAGGGCACGCCGGUCUUUUUGACCUCCGUAGACUUGUCCGCCGGGGGCGUGGAACCCGAGGAGCUGCGGGAGCUGCCCGAGCUUCACCUGCGAGUGGUGCCCGCCGCGGCACAAGAGGAAUUCAGCGUCCAGAAGCUCUUUGGGAGAGCCCGCCUGCAGUUGGCGACGCGUUCCGAGCGCAUCGCCGAAGGGCCCCGCGACGUCUUCAUCGACACCCGCAGCAGGCUGUCCGAGGAGAUGAGCGAGGAGUCCGUGGACAGCGUAAUCCAGACCCUGCUCAGCACGAUGACCAGCUCGGACCCGGACAAGUACAAAAAGUGCACCAGCGCCCUGGCGCAGAUCUUUGCCGCCUACCAAGUGUCCCCGAAGCAGCGCUCGGCCACCGCCAGACAUCUGAUGGACUACACGUCCCACCUCCUGGCCAUCUUCCGGAAACUGGCCUGGGAAGGGUUGGAGAAGCUGGGCUUCCUCAGCCACCUGUUCGCCAUCCCCUUGGCCUGGGGGCUCUUAGACGUUGACCCCGAAGUGCGCAAGAAAGCCUGGGAUCUCAUAAUCAGUGUCACCGGCAUCAAAACUAAGAAUGAUCUCCUUAACCUGCUGCAGCGUGAUGACCUGUUCUCUGAACUGCAGAGGCAAACCAUAGGAGAUGAGACUCUGGAUCAGAUACUGGGGAUUCGGCCACUGGACCUGCAGAUCCUGUCUGGUCAGGUGGACAGAUACCUCAAGGAAAACCUGACCAAGCAUGAUAAAGAAAGAGAGCCAUCUCUGACCUUAGAAGUCCCAGAGGUGGAGGAGUUGAAGGAGACAAUAGAGCAUACUAAAAGGCCUUUCGAACUUUCCCCUGAGCCUCCUCCAGAGCCUCCCAAGCCUCCCAAAGUGGCCAAACAGCCUCGUCCCCACCGACCAAUUAAGAAGUUGAUCUCCAAAGGUCCCAAAAAACCAAAAGAAGAGGCAUACAAGAAAUCAAAAGAGGCACGCAAGAAAUCAAAAGAAGAGGGAGCAGAGGAAGAAGAGAGAACCAUGAAAUUGGAAGUAGAAGAAGGAGGAGAAGAAGGAGAAGAGGGAGAAGAAGGAGAAGAGGGAGGAGAAGGAGAAGAGGGAGAAGGAGAGGGACCCGCAAAAUCAGAAGACAAAAAGAAACAAAAGAAAUCCAAAGAAGAAGAGGGACUCAUGGUGCUGCCCCAUAAACACAUGGGGAGGGAAGCUGUUGAUAGAGUAGUAGCUGAGAGAAGGGAUGCUUCUGGGAAAUCUUCUACGCCUUCCCCAGCCCUUUUCUUGGUGACCCCAGAUAAGCACAGAAGUAGUAUCUUAGAACCCUCAUCCCCUUCACCGGAAGCUCUGCCUGACUAUGUGGAAGUAAGCCUGAAGGUGAUGAGGAAAACUCGAAGCAAAAGAAGCAAGAAAAUGAAGCAUGAACUAAGAAAGAAGGAAAAGGAGGUGAAGGAGGCGAAGGAGGUGAAGGAGGUGAAGGGGGUAGAGGAGAAGGUCACAGAAAUAACAGAAGCUCCCCAACCUGAGAAAAGGCCGAGGAUGCUUGACAAGGAGAGGGUUUCUUGGCGGGAUGACAUUUGCCACCUCAUGACCCUGCGCAUUUCCUCCUCCCAGGAAAGCAUAGCCAAGGACUUGAGUGAGGAGCUGGUGACCUUGGCCCGUGAGGUGCUGGUGGAAAGCCAACCCAGCUGGGAACUCUUUCAGGAGAUCUGUCCCCUGUUGCCGAGCCCAGAAUAUGCAAAAGAUGGAGAGGAGAUGGAAGAAGAGAUGGAGGAAGAGGAAAUGGAACUUAGUUAUCUAUCCUCAAAAUCCAGAAUAAAGAAAAUCUUUUUCCUUGAAGAACAGGUUCUCACCAAGCAAGAAGUGAAGCUGUCCAGGCAGGCAAAGAAACUGGCUAGGAAAGAGAGGAUGCUUGCCAGGAGGGAGCAGGAGCUGGCUGUGGCCGAGGAGGAGCUAGUCCGGAGAGGGGACCAACUCAGCAAGGAGCAACUAUUGCUGGCCAAGGAGCAGGAACAGCUGUUCUCGGAAGAAAACAACUUGACCAAGGAAGAGUCGUUUCUGAUCACAGAAGAGGACAUCCUGAUCCAAGAAGACACAAAACCUGAAGAAUUCAAGUUGUUCAAAGAGGGAAUGAAGGAAACCAAAGAAGAAAUUCGAGUGACCAGGCAGGAGAGGGUGAAGGCCAGAGAAGAGAGCAGAAAGGCUGGGUGGCCAAAGGAAAGAGACGAACAAACUGUUUUCAAGGAUUCCAAAGCAGCAACAGAGGAAUUGACGUUGGCUACUAAGCAGAGGAAACAGAUGAAGGAGAAGAGGGACAUCAUCAAGUUGAAAAUGGAAAAGGCUCGGGAGGAGAGAAUUCAAGCCUGGGAGGACCGAAUGCAAGCCCAGGAACAAAGAGAACUGACUCUGUUUUCCAAGUAUGCCCUGGCAGAAGAGCAGAAGCUAGAGGGUGAAGGGGUGCUGACCCUGAGCAAUGAAGAGCUGAUGAUUAUUGAAGAAGAGAGGAAACUGUCUCUGAAAGAACUGGAAAUAAUCCGGGAGGAGAAGAGGCAAAACCAGAAGGAGAUAAUGGUGACCCAGCAAGAAAUGAUGAUCAUUCAGAAAGAGCUGGAACUGAACAAGGAACAGCAAGAGCUACCAGACCAGGAGAUAAGACUGCUCAUGGAGGCGAAGAAACUUGCCCAUGAAGGCAGUGCUGCCAGGGGGCUGAGGAGAGCCCGUAAGGAGAGGAGGAAGCUCCACUUCUUCAGAGAGGAGGUACCUGUCCCGGAAAGGGGGGGAGAGGGCGAGGAAGGAGAGGCUCCACCUGGGGAGGGGGCGCACAUUUACACAGAGGGAGCAAAGAGACCCCUUUGGAAAAGGAAAAAGGCACUGCCCGUAGCGGGGCGAGAGCUACUGCAAGAGAUGGAGGGAGAAGAGGAAGAGGAGGAAGAAGGGGAAGAGGAGGAAGAGGGGGAAGAGGAGGAAGAGGAGGAAGAGGUGGAAGAGGAGGAAGAGGAGGAAGAGGAGGAAGAGGGGGAAGAGAGGGCAGAGGAGGCAAGGAAGGCAAUAGCAGAAGUCAUCAGGCUGGAGAAGGAAAAGCUAUUGAAAGGUCAGAAGCAGCUGGUGAAAGGAGAGGAAUUCGCUGAGGAGGAAUUCCAUGUAGAGGAUUUCGACAGGAGGAUGCUGCUCAUUGCAGAGAGGCGCCUGACCCAGCAAGAGCUCGGAUUAACCCAGAAAGAAAGGAAGCUGAUCAUUAAGAAGAUGGAGCUGAUCACAGAAGAGAAGAUAGCAGCCCAGAAGUUACUCGAAGUAACCGAUGAGACAUGGACUCAACGUCUGAUGGAAAUGAAAAAGAUGGAGGAAGAAAUUAAGGAAACCAGAGAUGAGCGGAGAUGGCUCAGCCUGCAGAGGCAGCAGAUCUUGGAAGGGAAGAAGCUGUCCUACGACAGCCUGGCUCUGGAGAAACAGGAUGACAGUGCCCUGUCCUCGGGCUGGAUCGAACUGCAAAGGGAGCGCAGGAGGCUGGCCUUCAUCGAGAAUAGGCUGGUGGAGGAGGAGAGGGAGCUGGCCAAGGAGCAGAGGAGGCUGUCUGGAGAGGAGAAGCUGCUGAUGAAAGAGCAGAAGAAGCUGACCAAGAAAGAGAAGAGAAUCGCCCGCAGGGAGCGCAAGUUGGCCUUCUUGGAAAGAAAGAUGACCUUGGAAGAGGGCCUGAAGGACGAAGAAGGGGUCAAGGUGGAAGACAUGCAGGGUACUUUCGAGUUCAUCCGAUGGCAGCGGCAGAAGCUGCUGGAGCUGCAGAAAAUAGAAGCUGCCCAGGAGGCCGAGAAGGCCAAGUCUAUGUUUAUGGAAGAGGUGAAGAAGGCCGACGAGGCCGAGGAAGAGGAGGAGGAGGAAGAGGAGGAGGAGGAAGAGGAGGAAGAGGAAGAAAAGGAGCAGGAAGAGGCAGAGGAGGCAUCGCUUAUGUCGGAGGAGAUCUCUCUGCUCGAACUCUCUACCAAGAAGAUAGCGCCCGUCGUCGAGUCUGUCGAACCAAAGGGCGUCGUCCAGGCUGUUGAGACAGCAGACUGGAAGGGCAUCAUCCAGCAAAAGGAAGAAGUUAUUGUGGAAAAGGCUGGGCUGGAAAUUACAGGGAAAACAUUGCCUUGGAAAGAAAAGCAACCCGAAUCGAUGGCAGAGCUGCCCCCCAAGCCGACGUUGGCCCCGCCCCAGCCCAAGCCCCAGCCCAGUGAAUCCCAGGAGGAGAUGGUCAAGCUACUGCUCCAGGCCAGGGCCAAGCGCAGGCCCAGGCCCCCCCCCAGGCCCCCCCCCAAGCCAAAGGAGGCAGAGGCCCCCAAGAAGGCCCAGCCAGCCCAAGAUAGCCUGGGGAUUCCUACUCAGGAUGUCAGGGAGCUUGCUGCUGUAGCUCCCCCGAAGAAGUUGGCCAGAGAUCGCUGGAAGUGGUUUCUUCGGAUUCACCGGACGAUUGGGGCCUUCAAAGGCGCCUUGGCCCGACGCAACAGAACUCUGGCUUUUGUGUGUAGUGCCUUUUCCCGCAAGACCGGCAAAGGAGGCUGGGACCGGUUCCAGGCUGCCCUGAGGAAGCUUCGCCAGAAGGGUAAGAUUACCAAAAAGAACGUGGAUAACUUCUGCCGCCUGCUGGAGCAGACUGCCCCCUUGAAGCAGAUGGAAUGGGUGCAGAUGGCCAACCUGGAAGCCAUUGCCUCCCACUGGGAGGUCUCGAAGCCUCCCCAGCCAGGUGCCAAGCCUGCUGCUAGCAUCCUGCCCACACUGGAAGUCAUCCUGCCACAGGAAGAGUACCCCAGAGAGUUGCUUCUGCCCAGAAAAGGACCCUCGGUGCCCAAGCUCCCCGCCCUGCUCCGACCAUCCAUUCACUACGACCUCCUCACCCAGGUGGUGGGCCCACGCAAGGUCAUAGACAUCCGACCCAAGUCCCUGGAACCAGUCGCGCAAGACCUGGCUAAGAUCUCUCCGCUGUACUCAGGAAAGGUCCUGGACAUCUUGAAACUCCAGCAAAAUGUUCAGUUCUGGAACACCAAGAUCAGAGACCAUCAGCUGGCCAGAAUAAAGGCAAAGAAAAGAGGAAGGCUUGGGCCCCUGGGGAGAGCCCUGCCCGCUGCAGCCAGGCUUGAACCCCUGGGGAGAGCCCUGCCCGCUGCAGCCAGGCUUGAACCCCUGGGGAGAGCCUUGCCCGCUGCAGCCAGGCUUGAGCCCCUGGGGAGAGCCCUGCCCACUGCAGCCAGGCUUGAGACCCUGGGGAAAGCCCUGCCCGUUGCAGCCAAGUGGAAGCCCAAGCUCUUACCUGUCGCCCUGAGCCCUAAGAUGAAGACCAAGAGGGGGAUGCAGUGGGAGACCUUCCUUGCACUCUACCACGUUCUCCUGGCAGUGCAGAAGCAGGAGGACCAGCCCACAAGCUCCAUGCUGAUAGACCACGUGUGUCAGGUCUUAGACCUCUACCAAGUCAAGACUCCGGAGAUGCAGCAGCUGCUGCAGCAGCUCUUGGACCACAAAGCUCAUCCUAUUCAGGAGCUCAUCUACAAAAAAGCCUUGCAGGUCACAGAACUGGUGCCAGGGGAGCGAAUCCUCUAUCAUCUCCUGUGUAGCAAUGAAUUGCCCCCACCAGAGCUACCCAACUUCCAGUUGGUGGUGCCCCUGCCCGAGAGGAACCAGGUGCACACUGUCCUGCCCUUGGGUAAGGCCCGCUAUGGUCUCUUGGAGCUAGCCUGGAGGAGCCUGCCUCAACCAGACCCCCAUAAGGCUGAAGUUCUGCCCCGAAUCCCGACCACUAAUUCCCAGUGAUUGCAGGUUCUCCUGGGCUUCUCCCUCUUCCCCCCAACCCCACCCCCAGACAUUUAUCCCUGUGGGGUUAGGGAGAACAUGCAGGCAGGCAGGUGAGGACCAGUAAGUGAUGUCUUCUUGCCGAGCUCCUCCAGUGUUGGACCUCCUCACUCUGCCCAGUUUUCUGAAUCCCUCUUCCCUGGUCCCAUCAAGACCCCUCCCCAAUGUGCUCAGCAGACCCCCUGAGCUUAUGGUGCUCCCAGGGCCCUCCUGAAAAGUCCAGCUUCCUUCUAACGAUGCUGAUCAUGGGGUGCAUUCCAAGCCACAAAAGGAGC